CUCGUUCUCUGAUCCAAUAUGGCAAACGAUGUAUGAAAGGUGCAGAAUGUUUUGAUUUAAGACGACCGAUUGAGAAAAAUUGUAACAAAAAAAAUACUGAACCGUAUGAUAUUACGAAAUAAAAAGCGCGUUAUGGCCGGUCUAUUAACGAGGUGAUGCACAAAGGGUGGUCCUUAUAUCGAUCUCAACAGAAUGUGUUCGUAAUAACAAAUCUUAUAUGUUGUGUGUGUGUAACGAGUGUAUCUUUUGCUAAUGUGGUCGUUCGCAGUGAUAUGUGACAAUAGUUUACGUGAUAGAUAUGUCUGCCGAUCCUGAUAAAGACACCGCAUGUGCUCCGUUCUCACUGAUCCCGACCGAGAAGGCUCAAAAUGUAUGCGACAAUGAGAUUAGUGAAAAAAAUAACAAAAAAAUACGUACAGUGUCAUUUCCCGCCGACGAUCAGCUAGUCACACAAUACUGCGAGCCAGAAAACCCUUGGAAACAUGUUCCGGCAACGAAUCGCGCUCAGAUAGCGGCGGACUAUUUGGAGUUGUGCAGGCGGUACAACACGACGCCGAUCGACUCCGUGCUGCAGCUGAUCAGGGAGCUACCGGAGUCGUGCAUAGGCGGCGGAACCAGAGCGCCCAGGCUGACGCUAUGCGAGUGCUUGCUGCUGGGUCCGGCGCCGGUCGACGCGCUGGAGGCGGUGCUCAGGAGGGUUCAGUUCCGAAGACUGGAACUGGACCACGCGAUACUGGACGACGAAGGAGCCGAAGCUCUCUUCGAUAUGAUCGAGUAUUACGAGAGCGCUGUCGUCGUGUCCAUCAGUGGUCCGAGGCAGUUCGGGAUCAGAGGUUGGCAGGCCGCGUCCCGGAUGAUAAAGAAGAGUGCCGAUCUGACGGAACUAGAAGUGACCGAGGGUCCCCUGGAAGCGUCCCACGCCCCCACCAUAGCACGCGCCCUCAGGACCCACACAUGCAGGAUCCGAGCCCUGUGUCUUCAGAGAGCCUCUCUGUGUGGAGAGCCAUUACUGUCCCUUGUCAUAGCGCUAAAAUCGAACAGCUCGAUACGAGAGCUACGUUUGGGCGAUAAUAACUUGAGUUCAUCGGACGCGGUCCAGCUCGCCUCGUUACUGAGAUACAACACAAACAUACAACUGUUGGACUUGUCGAACAACCAAAUACAGGAUUCUGGUGUCGGACAUAUAGCUGAUGCUCUGGUCGAGCAGGCGGCUUUGACGCCUCCCUCGGCUGUCGCUUCGCCCCUGUCUCCGGUGUACGGUCAGGGUCACGAAGUCAGAGGUCUCUCGUUUCUGGUGCUCUGGAACAAUCAGUUGACGAGGAACUGCGCUGUGCACCUCAGCAAAGCUCUGCGCGGUUGUUCGUCGCUGUGCGUGCUGAACAUAGGGCGCAACGCGGUGGGCGGGGACGCGGUGCGGGCGGCGCGCGCGGGCUCGUCGCUGGCCUCGCUGGGGCUGCAGGCGGCGCGGCUCGGGCCCGACGCGGCGCCGGCGCUCGCGGGCCUCAUCGCGGACACCAGGCUGCAGAGAUUGGACUUGCGAGACAACAAGCUAGGGAGUGUCGGGCUGCGAGCCAUACUCAACGCCCUCAGGGAGAACACCACCCUCACGCAAAUAGACCUGGACGAUCAGGCGGACUCGCCGGACUCGCUCCCCGCGGCCGAGGACCAGGAGGCUGCGACCGUAUCCCGUCUAACGCGAGAGAUCAGAGCGCUGUGUCGCAGGAACGAACCAGUAGCGACCGAGCCCACGUCACGGACCCACCGAAAGAUCAGCUUGACUUGUAACACCACAACUGUACUAAAGUCGUCGUUGCGGCCGGAGGAGGAGCGCCGCGCGUGCAGACUGCGCUCCCCCGCCCCCUCGCCCGCGCCCUCCCCCGCCGGAAGCCCAGUGCCCACGAUACACGCCGCCUCCAGGUUUUCUGUGACCAGGGUGACGCCGGAGCGGGACCCCAGGGACAGCCCGAGUCCGGCGACGGUCCCCGGCACAGAUUACCCGACGCCUUCACGUUUUAAAGUCGUACAGGUGGUAGAGCCGCUGCAAGUACAAAUCGACGCGGCCUCCACCCAGAGACGACCACCCUCACGCUUCUCGGUGACCAGGAACUACGACACCACGUACGAUCCUCAACAAAGGACGCCAGAAAAGACACAUACGGAUGCGCAAACGAACAAAACAGAUCGAGAUGAAACUCCCAUUGAAAGCACUGCCGCCGAAGCGAAAACCGAAGAUCUACCUAAAGCACUUGCUGUGGAAGCUGCAAAUGUAACAAGAGACGCCGUCCGCGAUGUUGAAGCGGGUGUAGACGAAGCGAAAUUUGACGAAGCUGCCGAUUCCGAUCGGAGAGACGAAUCAAAGAAUGAAUUCGAUAAUGUAACCGUUAUCGAGUUCAAGAGGAACAUUCAAGAGAUUAUUGGUAGAAGCGAAACGAUUGAAGUGCGCCGUGCCGAAGACGAAGCUCACGCCGAAGCUAAUAGUGACAGAAGUACGACAUCAGAGAACGUGAUAGGAAAAACGUUCUAUGUUUCAACUGUAAGUGGGAGUGUUUGUGACGAGGAAGUCACUGGUUCCCCCUCCCGGGGACCGGGGGGGCGGCCUCUGUCGAGGCUCUUUGAAGUGAGGCGCGUGCCUGACCCCCGACCCGUUGUAUGUGACAACGUGACGGACAUUAGCGCCGAGCUAAACGUAGAGACUGAUAAGAUUGAGGAUGGGCUAAUUAGUGAUGUGACGAUUGGCGAAUGUGAUAGUGAAUGUGACGGGGGAAGUGUUUUAAGUGAAAACGCGCCAGAGACGGACGCUAGCGGACCCGCGGGACCCGCAGGACCCGCGGACGUCGACGAGACAAUAAAACGCGUUAAGACAAUCAAACAAAUCGAAAUACUAACCGAAGACUUAGGUAACAUAAUAAACGAAAUGAAAGUUCUAUCGAUGAGGAAUCAAAACGUUUUAGAUAGUGAAUGUGUAAAUAGUGCAAAUGUACCUGCUAAUUUAGUUAUUAAGAAGAUUAAAAGCGAAUUGAGUCCGGACAGUUCCGAUAUCGAGGUGUCCAUGCUCAUGAGUGAGAAGCUGGCCGAUUUCCGCGACAGCAGCUCGUCCUUGGAAAUAUCCGGGGGCUCUGUGGAGAGUCUCAACGAGGUCCAGAGGCUGACCGUCAGGGCUGCGGUCUCAGACGACGACGGGCAGAGGCCCGAGCGCGUUCUGUCGGCGGGGAGCAGCGUCGAGUCAGCCAAUGACGUCACGCCUGUCAACUAUUUGAACACGUCGCUCAGCUCAAACGAAAGCGCGUCUCCGGUCUUCGGGAAGAAGAUCCACGGCUCCCUGUCGAGUCUGGAGGCGAGCGUUAGCUCAAUAGAUUCCGUCAGACAGGAGAAACUAAUGGUGACGUCGGCUGAUUCGGGGAUAGAAUACUCUCUGCAGAAUCCGACGGACCUGCGCGAUGAUGUGUCCUCGAACGAGGGCACGUUGACGAAUAACUCGAGUUUGAGGGAUACAAAGAAGAAUCCUACAGAGGAAACCCUGACGUCAUCCCCGAAGAGAGCAUCCAGCUUGAUGGAUGUACCGGCACUUAAAAGUAAAGGCUUGGAACGAGCUAGAAAGAAAUCCUGGGUCGCUCCAUCAUCGAGCUUCCAAGUGUCAAGACCCGAGGCGGACAGAGACACGAAACCGUCGCACUUGGAGAAACUCUUGAGCAUCUUCCAACAUCCGACGAGUAUAUUUUCGAGGAGCUCUCAGAGUGACGAUGAAAGGAAAUCGGCUUCCAACACCCCGCCCAGGAAGGACUCCUCACUGACUAGCUCCUUCUGGACGUGGGGCAGCAGCAUAGAUAAGGACAAGGACGAAAAGGACGACAGCUCGUCCGAAACAACGGACUCUACAUUGUCCGAAAGGAUUCAAGUAUCAUUCGUUGAUGAGUCAUUCUCGAAGAGGUUGGACUCGAAAACUCCAUCCACUGACACGGACAACACUUUAAGCGAAUUUCAAUCAUUCGCUCCACAGAUAUCGGAGACGACGGACGCGACUCGUGACGCAGGGAGAAGUAUAGUUACCGCCCCUACCACCGAUGACAAUUUAGUACAAAAAAUAGAUUUAAGCAAAAAGGACCCUAACGCUAACGGGAAUAGAGUUAGCAGUAGAAUAGAUCUCAGACAGCCCAACGAAAUAAAUAAGAUUAUUCACGAAUCGGUCGCGCCAUGUACUGAAGGCGGCAAAAAUCUGGGACGAACGCCAGGCGUGAUUGUAAAAGACAUUAAAAUCGAUGAUACGGCCAGACCGAGGACCUUCGCAGCCGUCUUAAAGUCCUCGGGCUCCGAGAAUUUCUUGGAGAAACAAUCCAGUCCGGAUCCUGGUCAAACUGUGGACAAACUCCCCAGCAAGGUCAUAAGGGGGAUCAAAGAGAAUAUCAGCCCGGAAAAUACUUUGACGUCCAACACUAGCACGACCCGAGCUCUUGCCAUUGAACUGACUGAGAAGCAGAUGAAAUGCCAGCCUUUAAUUAACGCUGCUUUUGUAUCCUCUUUGCUGGAGAAGAGUACAGCGGAUGAGGCUGUCGGCUUAGCCCCUAUAGCGGUUAUAGAUGAAACGUGCGACGAAUCGGCCGAUGCUCAUAUUCAAUUGGAAUAUAUAGACGCUGAUAAACUUCACGCGCGCAGCGACGUUGUAUGCUUAGAGGGAUUCGCCGAUCCGAACACGGAAAAAAUCACUCAAGACUUAGAAGCUGUCGACUUGGGGAAGGACGCGUUAGCUUAUUUAGCUUACGAAAGUCAAGAUUUCGAGCCGGAUGCGAACAAGCAAAGCUCGUUAGCUGAAGAACUCCAACAAGCGGAACUUAAAGAGAUUGUCGAUUUGUCACCAGAAUUGAUAGUAGACGAAGCAUUGGAAAUACCGGAGGUGUUCACAGCGAAAGAGAUGAAGGGAUUGAGGGCGUCCCCCGUAAUACCGGACAGGGCUAAAUUGAAAAAGUCAAACUCUCUAGAAGAUUUAUCGCAGUUACAGAGCACGGAUGCUGAGAAAAGUGACCGGAAGACGAAAACGAUAGCCUUCAAGAUACCGGAAAGCACGCCCAAAGACAUACCCCAAAGACGGACCAAACUGAGGUCCAGGAGCGGGUCAAGCCCCAAAUCUCUGCCCGAAAGCUUGAACAAACCUUGUCCACUGACGAAAAUGGAUUCUCUAUUAACAAAGAAGAAGAAAAAGGUUUCUUCUUUAGGCAAAAUGGCAAGGGAUUCGCUCUUGGCUUUAAACAUGUCCGAAGAAGAAAUAGCAGAAUUCAGGCGCUCAUAUAAACUGACUUCAGUCGAAAGCUUAAGGAGCUUGGAGUCAGUUUCGGAAGACGCCAACUCACAGAGUGGGAAUUCAGUAGACUCUAGAUGCAGGUCUUGCCUGAGGACCUCACAAGAGAGCCUCAUGUCGUUGGACUCAAUGACGGAAGAAUGCAACUGCGAUAAAGGCAAUCGUUCGGCUAGAUAAGCAUACAUUGACGAUAUCAUGAUAUUGUCGAACGACUAUAGGUUCCACAUGGCAACAUCGAAUUGUAAUUAAAGUGAUCUCAAGUGAGAAUUAGUGAGCGGAGAUGAGUUGAGUUGAGUCUUGAGUGAUGCUCAUUUCCGCACGAGCCGUGGACGAUCAUGUGACUGAGUGAUAAAAAAUGUUUUUUUUUUUUAAUAAUAAUAAUUAUAUUAUCUAGUUAUUAAUUGGAAUUUUUUAACGAUGUACAAAUUCAUUAAAAUAAUGCGAAAUUCUAAAACAACAAAAACAAAAAAAAAAAAAACAAAAAAAAAACGAAAAACGUUUUGUGUGAAGUAUAGCGCCUUUUUGAAAGAUUAUUUAAAAUAAAUUGUAUAUUAAAUAUACCUACUUUCAAAAUAA